AUCUCUUGAUUCGCACAACCUGCGGCCACAAAUGUGUGUGCGCCAAUUACAGGGAAUUGCCGCACAGCUUAAAUUAUGUGAUUGAUUAGCGGGAAAUUCGCCGGGCCGUCGUCUUAGGACGCUGUUAAUUCUAACGCUUAGUUAGGCAACCGAGACUGUUUAGGCCGUGGGCGGUUGGGCAUGCAUUAUCCGGAUGUGGCGUCGUAUCUGUGACCAGUUCUCAGUAUUAAGCCAAUUGACCCUGCAUUACGGGGUGUCAGACCUGUUAUGAUAUUUUCAAGAUAAUUCAAUUUAUUUUCAAUUUAACGACCUUGAUCUUUUCCCCAUCAACCUACAAAUUGAACUCGCCAAGAUAUAUAGAAAGUAUUUUUUAAUAAAUACAUAUACAAAUACGUAUACAAAUUUAACUAGACACUUAUAGUUAGGAAACUACGUACAUGUGUAUGUAAUUUGAAUACGGUUUUCCGUUAAUCUAUGUACUUAUAUAACUUAAUACCUUUAAAAAAAUAAUGACAUGCUUACCGAAUAACCCCUUAAAUGGUUUAAAUGUGCGAGCUCACGAUUCCGGUGUCCACUUGUUCCAGUUUCCAUUCAGUGAAAUUCUUACGUUAUUAGUUUUCACUUAAUACAAAUUUUGACGAUAAGCUAACUUAUUUCUCACUUUGAACGAUCAGAAAUGAUUAUUUAUGUUCAAAAAUAUUUAAAAAAAACUCCUAAUUUUAUAUACAAACUGUACAAAUGUGAUUUAUAAACCUUCUUGAGUAUUUUGUCAUACUUCUUCUAUAUCCAUCGUCCCAAUUUAAUUGCUAAUUGACCGUCACUACUUUGACCCUUGACCCAAAUGAAAUUUAUCCCGUUUUCCAACACUUUUGCUCGUUAAAACCUAACCUAACCUAAUAGUUCUGAAAAGUAAUACAAAAUUAAACAAAAUUAAUACAAUAAGUGCGUUAUAAACAGCUUCACCUUAUAGGCUUGACAGUUCCCACAACACAGGUUAACUUGCAGAUUUUCACACACUCUAAUGGCAACCUGUGUCGAUAACAAAAACUGUAUCAAUGAGAAAGCUAAAGAAAUUAACUUUUCUCUGACCAAAGAAAAGGUGUCCGCCUGGCGUGCCAACUUCUACGGCACACCGCAUAAUCGCCUAGCCCAGAAUGUGUGCACAUCCCGCGAUCCCAUGCAGGUGGCCCUCAACUCCCCGGUGGUGCAUAACUCCUUAGGAACAGGAGUAAAAACGUGGCACACGGUAACCGGGCCGGGAAAAGCAACCACCGGCGGUCCCGGAUGGAUUUGCACAGGUUUGGAUAUGCUACGUCUGGGAAUGGACAAAAAGAUUCCACUGCCCGUGGAUUUUGAGCUUUCUGCGGGUCAUUUGUUCUUCUACCACAAAUUGGAGCGAUGCAACUACUUCUUGAGGAAAGUCUGUGAGCUGCUGGAGACAGACGAGCCUCUGGACGGACGAUUGUUUAAUCACCUGAUGAAAAACGCAGUCCCAGACGGUGGGAACUUUCAUAUGUUCAUGAAUCUGGUCAAGAAGUAUGGUGUUAUGCCUCGAGCAUGUUACCUGCACAACCUCAGUUCGAUGACCAAAGUCAACAAGAUACUAAGGAGCAAGCUCCGUGAGUACGCCUGCCGGCUUCAUACCCAGUUCUCCCUCGAUGGAGACUGCAGAAGCCUUCCGGAAAUCAUUGACGGCAUGCUGCCGAAUCUCUACAACGUGCUGGUCAUCUGCGUGGGGGAGCCGCCUUUGGAAUUCACCUGGGAGUUCUAUGACCAAAAGAAACGCUACCAGUGCCUAAAGGACCUAAAUUCGAUGAAUUUCUAUGAGGUUAUGGUGGGACCCACCCUUAAUCUUGACUCUUGCGUUUCCCUGGCUCAUGAUCCUCGAGCGACUUCCAGCUAUAAUUCCAACUACGAAGUGGUCCACAGCUCCAACAUGAUUGGGGCAAAGGACCACGUCUUCAACAACCAACCCAUGGACGUGAUAAUGAAGAUCAUAGCGGACGCUCUGACCAGUGAAAGUACAGUGUGGCUGGGCUGUGAUCUGCGCCACCGGUUCAGGGCCAAGCCAUUAGCUUUGAGCCUGAAAACCUACAUGUUUGAUAUGGUGUUUGACGUUGAUGUGGGCAGCACGCUCACGAAGGCGGAGAGACUAAUUUACAAGGAAUCACGUCAAGAUUCAGCUAUACUUCUAACGGGUUUAGGAUUGGAUUCUUCUGAGCAGUCGGUGCAAUUCAGCACCAUUUCGGCAUCGGUUCUCGGAAAGGUUCCGUCAGCGAAGAAUAAGACCUUCACUAUUGACGCAGACUGGUUGAGGGAAUACGCCUUCGAGAUUGUGGUUAACGAGAAAUUUGUUCCACAGGAUGUUCUGGAUGCCACCAAACUUUCAGACGUAAAGCCGCUGCCUCCUUGGGAUCCCAUGGGCGCCUUGUAUGCAUAAAUCGUCAACUUUAAGUAGCCAAUGAUCUAAGAUUACUACCACUGCUUAAAUUAAACUCUACAAAUUAUGGUUGACUUUUUGUAUAAUUCUCGACUUUGGCUUAAAUGCAAGAACUAGUAAUAAAACUCUUUGACAGAUGUAAAGCUAUUUCCAUCAAGUACUUAAAGCAGCUCAAACUGAAGUGUCCUGUCUUGUAUAAAAUUAUUUAAAAAUCCCCCCAACGUUGCCGCCUUUCAGGCAGUUGUUGUCAUCGUCACCGAGGCGCGACCUUCACUAAGUUUUUCGGGAAUCGGUCCUACGUGCCCGGCAUGCCUAAUUAGGCAUUAGAGAGUUGCCCGGGAGUCCGGGUGCUGGUUGGAGUAGCCGGCAAGACGGCAACUGUUUUCGUCUUAAGGGAUUUGCGCUAAGGAAUUUGACUUUGCGAAUAAUAAAAACAACAUUUAUCUUCGACUUUAAGGCCAGUCUUUAUUUUAUUAAAUUUGUAACAAUUACUUCUAGAAAUCUGCUAGCU